AUGUCAGGAUUUCGCCAGCACAGCUCUUCCAUGGACUCUGUUCUUGACUUCAUUACGUCGGUGGAAGAAGCAAAGGAGCGUAAGAAGACAGUGAUUGCAGUGAUUGCUGCGUUUCUUGAUGUUAAACGCGCUUACGACACCGUGAGCCACGCCUCGGUUCUGCAUCCCCUCACCCAAGUCGGCCUACCCUUCAGAGCUCUCGCAUGGAUUAAGGACUUCCUCCAUGGCAGGCAACGAUUCGUUCGUACCCAUCAAGGGGAUGCGUGUGUCACGGUAGACGCCAGGCUGUCUUGGGUGAAGCACAUAGCGAGCUUGGAAGCCAAGGUCCACUGGCGGAUUGCGGUGAUCAGGCAUCUGGCAGGCAUGAAGUGGGGCAGUGCCGUGGCGUCGCUUUUGACCGUCCACCGAGCUUUGAUUCGUGGGUCACUUGCAUACAGCUUGCCUGUGUUGAAUGGCCUUCCACCUUCCUCAGUCCAUGAGCUUCCGUGCCUCCGGGCGCGCAGUCUGCGAGUGUGUUUGGGAGUCCAUCGGGCGGCACAAACCGAUAUGGUCAUUGCUGAGGCUAAGGAAGCCCUGCUUGAAGUGCUUCGCUACGGAGAUUCGUCGGCAGUACCUCCGCCUUCUAGCUCACCAUCGGCGGCAUCCGGUAGUUAG